UCAAGUGAUAGUAGUAGAACCGCAAUCGAAUUGCGAAGUGUUUUCAACACAUCAACGUACACCCCCAAGUGCAAACGAAAUCUUCCCCCCGAAGGGGCGAUCAGCUGCUGUGCCAUCAAUUGUGCGACUCACCUGGAGUUCCUGUGUUGGUGGAUGCCGUCGACUGGAGACGGAAAGAAAUUCCCCGAAAUCCGAACCCCCCCAUCGGCCGUGCCCGAACAUUUGGUCCUUCGAGCCGGAUUCGAGGACAGAAGCUCAUCUGGACCAGCAUUGGAAUCCAACAUUCGCCAUCUUCGGAAGCGCAGUAGCAGCUGUGGUUUGUACAAUCACAUCAAGGUAGGCCAUUUUGUGAUAUACUCACCGUGAAUAUAAUAUUCAGGCCCAUUAUUCACUUGGCCAACAUAAAUUUGUCCAAUAAUUGCAAUUGCAACAGCAGCAAUUAGAAUCAAGUUGGUGAUUGAUAUUUAUUAGAACCAAAACAAACGGCAAUUACACUGUCUCACAAAAUUUUGAGGUUUUACACUGGAGCACAAAAGUUUUGGAACAAGUUUUUUUUAAAUAAAACUUUUUGAGGAGAAAUUGCAUUGGAUAAAUAAAGGCGUGCUGUAGAACGAAUUGCAAGUGCAUUUAGCCUGUUGCACUUUACAGUGUCGGUCAAAAUAAUAGCGACACUUCGGAAACUACAUUUUUUGGAGAAAUUGCAAAUCACUUUUGGUUUCAAAUCGUAACAGUUGUGUUACAACAUUGCUGGGUGCUGUUCAUACGAGUUGCUGACUACAGUACGGUCCAAAAAGAUAGCAACAUCUACAAAAUAAAAAUAAAUUUGGGAAUUCUAUUUGCGAGAAAAUAUCCGAAAGUCAAUCAUUGGUGGUGUGUCCGGUAUUUUUGGUGUCAACAAGUGUGAUUCGAGUGGUGGUAAUAUGGCUAGCAAGGCGGAGAAGAAAUUAGCAGCGGACCUUCUGACGCGACGACGAGCGUGUGCCGAGCGAGAUGUGGUGGAGAAGUUCAUUGCGGAGUACACCUAUGAACGGGAUUGUUGCCAGGUUGCGGUGCGUUUGGAGGCGCUAAACAAGUGCAACGAGCUGUUCCUGAACGUGCAGAAUGAUAUUGAGCUGGGCGAUCACGAAGAGAGGUUUGAAGGUCAUCUAGAGUUUCGGGCGGAUUUUGAGGAUCGAUUCUGCAGGGCGAAAGGUUUUUUGCUGUCCAAACUGGAAAGUAGGGAGCAUCCGUUGAGUUCGACGAUCAUGCACGCAUCGUCUUCACACAACAUGUCUGCUAGUUUCCACCAUCGUUUGCCGAAAAUCGAUCUGCCGAAGUUCAGCGGAGAUGAGUCGCGUUGGAUCUCGUUUCGUGAUAACUUUAUCUCAAUGAUCCACUGCAACGAAGAUAUUCCGAUCGUGAACAAGCUGCAAUAUCUUCUACAGUCACUGGAGGGAGAAGCUAAGAAGCCGUUUGAGUCUGUGGACAUCCAAGCGGACAACUAUUCGUCGACAUGGGAUGCACUGAAGAAGCGGUACGAUAAUAAACGGUUUCUCAGGAAGGAAUUGUUUCGAGGCCUGUACAAUCUCCCAUCGAUAAAGCGUGAGUCAGCACAGGACCUCAACACUCUGGUUGAUGACUUUCAGCGACAUGUCAAGGCAUUGGGAAAAUUGGGCGAGCCAGUAGAGCACUGGGACACUCCACUUAUUUUCAUUCUUUCGAAUAAAUUGGAUGCAGCAACGAUCCGCGCUUGGGAGCAAGAUACUCGUCAAAAGGACGAAGUAAAGUACGACGAGCUCAUCGAUUUUUUGAUCCAACAUGUUCGAAUGCUGAAAUCCGUUGCCAGUGAUCUGCAGCACCGUUCAACAGUGUUGACUGUUUCCAGGGUGGCCGGACAAACACCGAAGAAGCCGUCAGCGAUCAAAUCCGUCGUCAACGCAGCAACAUCCGAGUCACAAUCCAGCACACAACAGUGUCACUGUUGUUCCAAAACGCACCCUUUGCACCAGUGUCCAGCAUUCAAGAAGCUGUCGAUCUCCCAGCGGCGAGAACUAGUUACGAGGCACAGUCUUUGCCGAAACUGCUUCCGUUCAAAUCACCAGGCACGAGCGUGCAAGUCGAAGUUUGUUUGUAGAAACUGCCAAGCUAAGCACCACACUAUGUUGCACGAUCAACCAGCCCCGCAACCCACGUCGGCGAUUCAAGGCACCAGUGGUUCACUCAGCCCGCCAGCAAUCAACUUAUCUGUGCAUUCCAACUCGACGGUUCUACUGGAAACAGUUGCGCUUCUAGUGGUCGAUCGGUAUGGAAGGCAAAUUCCAGCACGCGCUCUUCUGGAUUCUGCAGCGAUGUCUAACUUUAUUACGAAGAAGCUGGCGAACGAGCUCGCCACUAGACAAAGCCCCGUGGACAUCUCAGUUGCGGGAAUAGGAGAGUCCGUCAAGCGCAUCAAGCACCAGCUAACGGCCAAGAUAGUUUCCAGGAACAGUGACUUCUCCACCACACUCGAUUUUCUAGUUAUGAGGAAGCCGACAUCAAAUCUGCCCACAAUACCUAUCGACACAUCUACGUGGAACAUUCCUGAAGUGCCUUUGGCGGAUGUCCAUUUCAAUGUUCCAGCUACGAUCGAUAUAAUCAUCGGUGGAGAGUGCUAUCACGAGCUCCACACCGGCGUUCGCCAAUCUCUUGGCAACGGAUUCCCGUUCUUGGUGGACACACACUUUGGCUGGACAGUUUCCGGCAAGGUAACGACCGGCUCCACCACCGCACCACGAGCGUGCUACAUCUCCGCCGUUGACCAGAACUUGGACUGUACUCUGGAACGUUUCUGGGAGCUGGACACCGUCGAUGAAGGCCAAAACCUCUCAGCAGAAGAACGGAAGUGCGAAGAGAUUUUUGCCAGCACCACCACUCGAAAUCACGAUGGAAGGUACGUCGUACGGCUGCCCCGGACUGAUGAUUCCCAGAUCACCCUUGGAGACUCUCGCAUGAUCGCAAUUCGCCGGUUCUACAGCUUAGAACGCCGCCUACAGCGAGAUGACUCCACCAAAAUGGCCUACCACAAAUUCAUCGAAGAAUACGCACAACUUGAACACAUGUUUAAGAUAGAUCCUGUCGUCGAUAACAAACCACACUGCUAUCUGCCACAUCACCCGGUCUUCAAGGAAGCCAGCACAACCACCAAGGUACGCGUGGUAUUCGACGCUUCUUGCAAGACCACAUCCGGGUAUUCGCUGAACGAUAUGCUGCUCGUCGGUCCGGUCGUCCAACAGGAUCUGCUGUCCAUCACCCUUCGAUUCCGUACAAAGGCCAUCGCUCUUGUGGCGGACAUUGAAAAAAUGUACCGUCAAGUUAAUUUACAUCCCGAUGAUCAGCCCUUUCAUCGAAUCCUUUGGAGGGAGAACCCUUCUGAACCGUUGGAUACUUACGAACUCCGCACCGUUACUUACGGAACCGCUUCAGCUCCGUACCUGGCAACUCGUGUUUUGAAGCAGCUAGCCAUUGAUGAAGGAGAUAGGUUCCCAGUCGCAGCCGAAGCCAUCGAUGACUACUACAUGGAUGAUUUACUAUCCGGUGCCAACGAUCUAGAGUCCGCUAUACAAAAACGCCGCCAGAUGUCCGCGAUGUGUCAGUCUGCCGGAUUUCAGCUGAGAAAGUGGGCUUCUAACAACCGAUCGGCUCUUGUAGACGUUCCAUCUGCAGACCUUGCCAUCGAUCCACUGCAUGACUUGAACGAAGAUCAAUCGGUAUCGACUCUCGGCCUAGUUUGGGAUACUCGAACUGAUAUGCUGCGGUUCAACAUCAACCUUCCACUUCCUGCGUCGGUGCUGACCAAGAGGAAAGUAAUCUCCUACAUAGCGAGGAUUUUCGAUCCGCUGGGCCUCGUCGGGCCAGCUAUAACACUGGCCAAGCUGUUCAUGCAACAGUUGUGGCGACUUAGAUCAGAAAAGGACGAACCGUACGAUUGGGAUCGGCCUCUGCCUUCGAAGCUGCAGGAGGAGUGGAAGCAGUUCCAUGCAACGCUCUACAUUUUAGCCGAUAUUCGAAUUCCUCGGUUUGUCAACGGAUAUGCAGAUUGUUCGAUCCAGCUCCAUUUCUUCUGUGACGCAUCUGAAGCUGCAUAUGGAUCUUGUUGCUUCGUUCGUUCCGAGUUUGCUGGCGAAAUCAGAGUGCGGUUGUUGACCUCCAAAUCCAAGGUUGCUCCUUUGGCCAAGAAACAUUCGAUUGCACGUUUGGAGCUAUGCGCAGCUGUUCUAUCCACAAAGUUGUUCCGGAAGGUACAAGGCGCGAUUGGGUCAUCAGAACACGUUUAUUUCUGGUCUGACUCAACCACAGUCCUCCAAUGGUUGAGGUCGCCACCGCAUCGAUGGAGAACCUUUGUUGCCAAUCGCGUUACUGCUAUCCAGACUGGCACUGAAGGUUUCAAUUGGAGACACGUCCCGGGAGUGCAGAAUCCAGCCGACGAACUUUCUCGUGGACUACAGCCCUCCGAUCUUCUCAACCAAGCUCGAUGGUGGAACGGUCCAGAUUGGCUGUCGUCGUCAUCGGAAUAUUGGCCACGAUGUGUUUUGCCGGAGAAUGAUUCACCAGAGGUCGCUGAAGAAAGUCCUUCUGUCAGUUUAGCUGCCACCGUUUCCGAAAAAGAGGAUUUUGCAGACCAGCUGUUCACUCGGUAUUCAACGUUCAAGCGACUCAACCGGGUAACAGCCGCUUGUAUCAAAUACAUCAAGGCACUCCAAGCUGCAGCUAUAAGGAGGAAAAAUCAACUAGUUACGCCGUUCCCUACACCCAAUGAGUUAGCGAUCGUCUACCUUUCAGCUGAAGAUUUAGCCGAGGCAGAUCGUGCGCUGCUCCGAUUAGCCCAGUCACAGCUAUACGCGGAAGAGCUCUCCGAGUUCCAAAACCCCAAACGUACAAGAAAUCCGCUGUCGUCGCAGUUACGAUACCUACGUCCUUUCCUCUGUGAUGAUGGUAUUAUUCGCGUUGGUGGUCGCCUAAGGAAUGCAGACUUUGCGCAGAGUGUCAAACAUCCAGCAGUUCUCUCGGCUAAGCAUCCACUGGCAAGGCUUAUUACGGAGCAUUACCAUCGAACGCUUUUGCAUGCUGGACCGCAGCUGAUGAUUGCCACUAUUCGCCAAAGAUACUGGAUUCAUGGAGGAAGAAAUUUAGCUCGCCAAACGUACCAUGGCUGUAUGAAAUGCUUUCGGCAGAAGCCGACCCUCGUUGAGCAAAGCUCCGCAGAUCUACCAAAAUCCCGUGUGAUCCAAGAUCGUCCAUUCGCUGUGUGUGGAGUCGACUAUUUCGGGCCCAUUUUUAUCAAGUCACCGAUUCGUCGUCAUGGUCCAACAAAGGCAUAUGGUGCCAUUUUCGUAUGUUUCGUUACGAAGGCCGUUCACAUUGAGUUGGUGUCGGAUCUGUCAACGCCCGCCUUUCUAUCAGCACUUCGUCGCUUCGUUGCCCGUCGCAGUCGCCCGAGGGAAAUUCAUUCGGACAACGGAACAGCUUUCAAAGGUGCAUCGAACGCUCUUCACCGAUUGUACGACAUGCUGAAGAAAAACAGCGAAGACAGGGAGCAGAUAUUCAACUGGUGUGCAACGGAAAGAAUCCAGUGGAAAUUCAUUCCCCCGCGAGCUCCGCAUUUCGGUGGAUUAUGGGAAGCUGCAGUGAAGUCUGCCAAACACCAUAUUCUACGUGAGAUAGGACACACGAACAUGAGCUACGAGGACAUGACCACACUGCUCGCUGAAGUGGAGAUGUGCCUUAAUUCACGUCCAAUCACCCCGAUCCCGACGGAAACCGAUGAUCUCGAGGUGUUAACUCCAGGACACUUCCUUGUGGGCACCAACUUGCAAGCCGUUGACGAUGUGGAUGUUACUGCAAAGCCCGACAACCAUCUCGACCAUUGGAAGCUCACCACAAAACGGAUGCAGGGUAUCUGGGCUCGUUGGUAUCCCGAAUAUCUCGCCCAACUACAAACUCGCGCUAGGAAGGGGAGCAAAUCGGCGGUUCCGGUGGAGGUUGGAAAAAUCGUGGUAAUCAAGGAAGACAACUUACCACCAGCCUUGUGGCCACUAGGUCGCAUCACAAAACUUCAUCCCGGCCGAGAUGGAGUUGUUCGUGUUGUGGGACUGAAGACAGCCAAGCGUGAUGACGUCGUCAGAGCGGUGAACCGGAUAGCCAUCUUACCCACCGCCAGCAUCCAAGACGUUGACCCGACAACCACCGAAGAUUAGCAGAAACUACAAAGACCGGUAGAGCACGCCGAACGUGCUCAACGCGCUAAUGGAGCGCUAUCAGGUGAUUAGCGUUCCAAAUUUAUUCUUUAAACCGUUCGAUCUACCGGGUCUUUGCUGCUUCCAGAUCCGUAUGUGUCCUGUAGAGCCUAGCCAUUGUUCGUUUCAACGAGAUCAAUCUCCAAAGACCGGCAGAGCACGCCGAAUGUGUCUCGAUGCGCAUUCCAAGCGCUAAAAGGUGAUUAGCGUUCCAAUAUAUCUACUUUACCGUUCGAUCUACCGGAUCUUUGCUGUUUACAGAUCCCUAGAUGCCCUGUUAAGCCUGCCAUUUUUUCAACAAGAUUGAUCUUCAAAGACCGGUAGAGCACACCGAAUGUAGCUCAACGCGCAUUGUGAGCGCUAAUAGAUCCUAUCUCAAUCAUUACUCCAUUAAUAUUCCGUCACCAUGUACCAAGCCGCAACGCAGAAUCUUCAAAGACCGGUAGAGCACGCCGAACGUUGCUCAACGCGCUAAAGGAGCGCUAACAGGUGAUUAGCGUUCCUAUUACCUUAAUCCAAAUCGUUCGAUCUACCGGGUCUUUUAUCGAUUCCAGACCGUCCACUGUCGUACAUCGUCGCAAUUCCUUCGUUCACCAGCAUUAUAGCCGAUCGAGAUCGCCCACAUACAUCCACAUGGUAGCAGAAUCUACAAAGAUCGGUAGAGCACGCCGAACGUUGCUCAACGCGCUAAUGGGGCGCUAACAGGUGAUUAGCGUUCCUAUAACCUUACCCUACGCCGUUCGGUCUACCGGGUCUUUUUUUUAUGUUCACAGAUUCUGCACCAGUGCCGAAGCAGAGUCCUCGAUGUGCGACGUGUCAGCUGCGUUUCUUGGUCCAACCGUGUCUCCUGGUUCAGCCGGGUACCUUGGUCCAACUAUGUCCCCUGAUCCAACGGUGUCGCAUGGUCCAACCGACUGAGGAGGCCGUAAUCAAGUGGUCCGAAAUGCGUUGAAACAGCAGUUUCAAGGUGGCCGGAAUGAUCGGUACUGUACCGGUCAGGAAAUACCAUCCAUACUCUUAGUUUUUAAUAUGUGUCUAAUUUAUGUUCACUUGACACUGUAAUUAAUUUGCUCGAAAACACCACUAUUUGUAUAUGUACCCUAGGAUAAGCAUAACUCUCUCUUAACAUAAAAGCUUUCUUCGAGAGAGUAUGAAACCGCUCAUAGAAUAGAAAGUAAGCCAUUUUUAGAAUAGAAUAGAUUGUAACGUUGAAUACUACACACGGAUUUUUCACUUCGCUAAUAAAUUAGUAAUUAGUCCAAUAAAGCGACUUUCAAUAAGUGCAUCCGAAAUCAAGUGAUAGUAGUAGAACCGCAAUCGAAUUGCGAAGUGUUUUCAACACAUCAACGUACACCCCCAAGUGCAAACGAAAUCUUCCCCCCGAAGGGGCGAUCAGCUGCUGUGCCAUCAAUUGUGCGACUCACCUGGAGUUCCUGUGUUGGUGGAUGCCGUCGACUGGAGACGGAAAGAAAUUCCCCGAAAUCCGAACCCCCCCAUCGG